UGAGACUCAAUUUAUAUGGAACAGAUCUUGAAGAAAAUAUGUGACCAUCCACUGCUACUAACAAAGAGAGCAGCAGCAGAAGUUCUGGAAGAGAUGGAUUCAACAUCAAACAAGGAUGACCGUGCUGUGGCAGAGAGAUUGGUUAUGCAAAUGGCAAAUGUCACUGAGAAACUUGACGAUGAAGUGACACAUGAUGUUUCCUGCAAGAUAGCUUUUAUACUGGCUUUGUUGGACAAUUUGAUUCCUGGUGGGCACAAUGUGCUUAUCUUUUCUCAAACACGCAAGAUGCUUAAUCUACUCCAGGAUGCUUUAAUAUCCAAUGGUUUCCAGUUCAUGAGGAUAGAUGGAACCACCAAAGCUACUGACAGAUUGAAGAUUGUUAAUGAUUUCCAAGAGGGUCGCGGUGCUCCAAUAUUUCUUUUAACUUCUCAAGUUGGCGGUCUAGGUCUUACACUCACAAAAGCAGAUCGAGUGAUUGUGGUUGAUCCAGCAUGGAAUCCAAGCACGGAUAGCCAAAGUGUUGAUCGCGCCUACAGAAUUGGGCAGACGAAGGACGUUGUUGUUUAUAGAUUGAUGACUUGUGGCACAGUUGAAGAGAAAAUUUAUAGGAAACAGGUAUACAAAGGUGGAUUGUUCAAAACAGCAACUGAGCACAAAGAACAAAUCCGUUAUUUCAGUCAACAGGAUCUUAGGGAACUUUUUAGCCUUCCUAAGGGUGGUUUUGACAUAUCAAAUACUCAACAACAGUUGAAUGAAGAGCAUGAUCACGAGCACAAAAUGGAAGGAGCUUUGAAGGUCCAUGUAAAGUUUUUGGAGACGCUGGGUAUAGCUGGAGUUAGCAGCCACAGUUUGCUUUUCUCAAAGGCAGCGCCUGAGCCACCAGUCGAAGAUGAGGACGAAGUGAAAAUUGCAAGUAGGACGACAUUCGUGGGAAACUCAUCCUCGCACUCAUCAGUCGAACGUGCUGUUGAUGCGGGGCAGUAUGCUUUUAAGCCGAAGGAUGUGAAAUUACAGGAUAAGUCUGUACCUACUAGGAUUGGUCCUACAGAAUCUGAUAUCAAGGAGAAAAUCAGACGGCUUUCUCAUAUGUUUGGAAACAAGGAAAUGAUCUCCAAGUUACCUGAUAGAGGGGAGAGGAUACAGCAGCAAAUUGCUGAACUGAAUAAGGAGCUGAAGAAUAUUAGAAUGGAAAAAGAAAACAGAGAUGAAGUUAUUGAUUUGGAUGACAUAUCUGGGCGAUUCCAUAGGGUUGUAAAUGUGUAAAUAUUGCUCACUAUUCUUAGACGCUUCAAAGUGGAAGCCAUUUUUGCUAAAAAACUCUUUUGCAAUCUGUCCUCUUUUCCAUCUGGGUUACAUUGUAAUUUUGUUGAGAAAAUGGGUUGCCUUUGCAAAAUGUAUGGUCCUAUAAUAUCGUCCUA